AUCUUUGACUUUGCACAUUUUAGUUUUAAAAGCGGACCGCAGAGAGCGGGUCACGUUGGCAAAUUUAUCGCGAACCGUGCUUGAUAGCCGGUGUAACUUUGUGUUGCCUGCACGGGGAUUAGAACCCACAUUACGAGGCCGGCUGGGCCAACUCCCGCGCCAUGGGGCCGGGACUUACUCUAUACUUUUUGGUGUCGCUGAUGGUAGCUUCAGCUACCGAAGCUCCACCAACAAAGGACAAACCAGAACCGACAGAGACACGACAAGGCCGGCAGUACGAAUAUAGUCCAUAUGCGCAAGGGAAAGAGGUUGUAGUGGAUAUACAAGACGAUGAGAAAAAUCAGUACUACGAAACGAAUUACGAUACGAACGCUUACGGUUUUGGAUACGACGUUGGUCCAAAUGGUCAAUUCCAUCACGAAAACCGCGGGCCGGAUGGUGUGACAUACGGCUGUUAUGGUUACGUUGAUACCGAAGGAUUCCUCCGAGCAACGCAUUAUGUGGCCGACAGCCACGGAUAUAGAGUAGUGGAGCCCGAAAAACCUGUAGAAGUAUACCCGGAUCAGAAAUACGAGUAUGACGAACAAUCUCAACCAACGGAGAAAGUACCAGGUCAAAUUAUAGCAUGGGAAAAGUUAUACUUCCCUAAAGGUUGUGGACGCACUCCAGGCGGAGUCCCGGCAAAACCUUUACCCCCGGGUCCGCCAAAACCACCGCGACCACCCACCGAUAGCAGUGGACAGACGAGCAAUCCUAAACCUGGUGUUAUAACCCCUGGCGAAGGCGGUUCGGGUGGUGCCGGUGGUGGUCCCGGUGGUCCCGGCGGACCAGGCGGCCCUGGAGGCCCUUCCGGACCAGGAGGACCCGGUGGACCUAACGGCCCAGGGGGGCCCGGAGGACCAAAUGGGCCUAAUGGCCCCGGAGGCCCCAGCGGCCCAAGCGGACCAGGAGGUGGACAAUGGCAAGGUGGCUAUCCUGGAUCUCCAGGUACGCCCGGCACCCCAGGCACCCCCGGCUCCCCCGGAACUCCAGGAGGACCAGGUGGACCUGGCGGCCCCGGUAGCGGUGGUUACUAUCCUGGAUAUCCUGGUUCCUCGGGUACACCUGGAACACCCGGCUCUCCUGGGACACCCGGGUCUCCCGGAACACCUGGUACUCCAGGUUCUCCCGGCACUCCAGGCUCUCCUGGCACACCAGGCACACCAGGUCAACCCGGAUAUUAUCCUGGACAAAGCGGUUCACCAGGUGGCCCAGGAGGUCCAGGUGGUCCUGGUGGACCCACUGGCCCGCCCGGCAGCUACUACCCAGGCCAGCCCGGAACUCCCGGCUCACCGGGUACACCUGGCACACCAGGCACACCAGGCUCCCCAGGCGGCCCAGGCGGUCCAGGCGGCCCCGGCGGACCUGGCGGACCUGGUGGUCCACCAGGCAGUUAUUACCCGGGACAACCAGGUACUCCAGGCUCUCCAGGCUCUCCAGGUAGUCCCGGAACUCCAGGUGGUCCAGGCGGCCCCGGUGGCCCCGGUGGUCCUGGAAGCUCAUCAGGCAGUUACUAUCCCGGACAACCAAGCACACCAGGCUCUCCCGGCGGCCCCGGUGGACCAGGAGGUGCUGGGCAACCAGGGCAACCAGGAUAUCCUGGUCAACCAGGAUACCCAGGGCAGCCAGGUCAACCCGGUAGGCCAGGACAACCAGGCCAGCCAGGAUACCCCGGACAACCAGGACAACCCGGUGGACCAGGACAGCCAGGGCAACCAGGUCAACCCGGGGGGCCAGGACAACCAGGGCAGCCAGGAUACCCAGGACAGCCAGGCCAACCAGGUCAACCCGGUGGGCCAGGACAACCAGGGCAGCCAGGAUACCCAGGACAGCCAGGCCAACCAGGACCCGGUGGGCCAGGGCAACCAGGCCAACCAGGUAAACCCGGUGUGCCAGGACAACCAGGCCAACCAGGCAAUCCCGGUGUGCCAGGACAACCAGGACAGCCAGGAUAUCCAGGACAGCCAGGCCAACCAGGUGGGCCAGGACAACCAGGCCAACCAGGACAACCCGGUGGGCCAGGACAACCAGGACAACCAGGAUACCCAGGACAGCCAGGCCAACCAGGUGGGCCAGGACAGCCGGGCCAGCCAGGGUACCCAGGACAACCAGGACAACCCGGUGGGCCAGGACAACCAGGGCAGCCAGGAUAUCCAGGACAUCCAAGCCAACCAGGUGGGCCAGGACAGCCAGGCCAACCAGGGUACCCAGGACAACCAGGAAAACCCGGUGUGCCAGGACAACCAGGACAGCCAGGCCAUCCAGGUGGGCCAGGACAACCGGGCCAGCCAGGGUACCCAGGACAACCAGGACAACCCGGUGGGCCAGGACAACCAGGACAGCCAGGAUAUCCAGGACAGCCAGGCCAACCAGGUGGGCCAGGACAACCAGGCCAACCAGGAUAUCCAGGGCAACCAGGACAACCCGGUGGGCCAGGACAACCAGGACAACCAGGCACACCCGGUGUGUCAGGACAACCAGGACAGCCAGGAUAUCCAGGACAGCCAGGCCAACCAGGUGGGCCAGGACAACCAGGCCAACCAGGACAACCCGGUGGGCCAGGACAACCAGGACAACCAGGAUACCCAGGACAGCCAGGCCAACCAGGUGGGCCAGGACAGCCGGGCCAGCCAGUGUACCCAGGACAACCAGGACAACCCGGUGGGCCAGGACAACCAGGGCAGCCAGGAUAUCCAGGACAGCCAAGCCAACCAGGUGGGCCAGGACAGCCAGGCCAACCAGGGUACCCAGGACAACCAGGACAACCCGGUGUGCCAGGACAACCAGGACAGCCAGGCCAUCCAGGUGGGCCAGGACAACCGGGCCAGCCAGGGUACCCAGGACAACCAGGACAACCCGGUAGGCCAGGACAACCAGGACAGCCAGGAUAUCCAGGACAGCCAGGCCAACCAGGUGGGCCAGGACAGCCAGGCCAACCAGGGUACCCAGGACAACCAGGACAACCCGGUGGGCCAGGACAACCAGGCCAGCCAGGCUACCCAGGACAGCCAGGACAACCCGGUGGCCCAGGGCAGCCAGGACAACCGGGCCAGCCUGGAAAACCAGGACAGCCAGGACAACCCGGUGGCCCAGGACAACCCGGUGGGCCAGGACAACCAGGCCAGCCAGGAUACCCAGGACAACCAGGACAGCCAGGGUAUCCAGGACAGCCAGGUCAACCAGGUGGGAGGUCAGGACAACCAAGCCAGCCAGGAUACCCAGGACAACCAGGACAACCCGGUGGGCCAGGACAACCAGGACAACCAGGAUACCCAGGACAGCCAGGCCAACCAGGUGGGCCAGGACAACCGGGCCAGCCAGGGUACCCAGGACAACCAGGACAACCCGGUGGGCCAGGACAACCAGGACAGCCAGGAUAUCCAGGACAGCCAGGCCAACCAGGUGGGCCAGGACAGCCCGGCCAACCAGGGUACCCAGGACAACCAGGACAACCCGGUGUGCCAGGACAUCCAGGCCAGCCAGGAUACCCAGGCCAGCCAGGACUUCCCGGUGGACCAGGACAACCAGGCCAACCAGGACAACCCGGUGGACCAGGACAGCCAGGGCAACCAGGUCAACCCGGUGGGCCAGGACAACCAGGGCAGCCAGGAUACCCAGGACAGCCAGGCCAACCAGGUCAACCUGGUGGGCCAGGACAACCAGGCCAGCCAGGAUACCCAGGACAACCAGGACAGCCCGGUGGGCCAGGACAACCAGGCCAGCCAGGCUACCCAGGACAGCCAGGACAACCCGGUGGCCCAGGGCAGCCAGGACAACCGGGCCAGCCUGGAAAACCAGGACAGCCAGGACAACCCGGUGGCCCAGGACAACCCGGUGGGCCAGGACAAUCAGGCCAGCCAGGAUACCCAGGACAACCAGGACAGCCCGGUGGGCCAGGACAACCAGGGCUACCAGGAUACCCAGGACAGCCAGGCCAACCAGGUCAACCCGGUGGGCCAGGACAACCAGGCCAGCCAGGCUACCCAGGACAGCCAGGUCAACCCGGUGGCCCAGGGCAGCCAGGACAACCGGGCCAGCCUGGAAAACCAGGACAACCAGGACAACCCGGUGGGCCAGGACAACCAGGCCAGCCAGGAUACCCAGGACAACCAGGACAAGGCCAACCAGGACAACCUAGCGGGCCAGUACAACCAGGUCAGCCAGGAUACCCAGGACAACCUGGUAAACCAGGACAACCAGGCCAGCCAGGAUACCCAGGACAACCUGGACAACCAGGUGGGCCAGGACAACCAGGCCAGCCAGGAUAUCCAGGACAACCAGGACAAGGCCAACCAGGACAACCUAGCGGGCCAGGACAACCAGCUCAGCCAGGAUACCCAGGACAACCUGGUAGGCCAGGACAACCAGGCCAGCCAGGAUACCCAGGACACCCUGGACAACCAGGUGGGCCAGGACAACCAGGCCACCCAGGAUAUCCAGGACAACCAGGACAACCCGGUGGCCCAGGACAACCAGGACAACCAGGAUACCCAGGACAGCCAGGCCAACCAGGUGGGCCAGGACAACCAGGCCAGCCAGGACAACCAGGACAGCCAGGACAACCCGGUGGGCCAGGAGAACCAGGACAGACAGGACAACCGGGCCAGCCUGGAUACCCAGGACAACCUGGUAGGCCAGGACAACCAGGCCAGCCAGGAUACCCAGGACAGCCUGGACAACCAGGUGGGCCAGGACAACCAGGCCAGCCAGGAUACCCAGGACAACCUGGUAAGCCAGGACAACCAGGCCAGCCAGGAUACCCAGGACAGCCUGGACAACCAGGUGGGCCAGGACAGCCAGGCCAGCCAGGAUAUCCAGGACAACCAGGACAAGGCCAACCAGGACAACCUAGCGGGCCAGGACAACCUGGUAGGCCAGGACAACCAGGCCAGCCAGGAUACCCAGGACACCCUGGACAACCAGGUAGGCCAGGACAACCAGGCCAGCCAGGAUAUCCAGAACAACCAGGACAACCCGGUGGUCCAGGUCAACCAGGACAACCAGGAUACCCAGGACAGCCAGGCCAACCAGGUGGACCAGGACAACCGGGCCAGCCAGGACAACCAGGACAGCCAGGACAACCCGGUGGGCCAGGAGAACCAGGACAGCCAGGACAACCGGGCCAGCCUGGAUACCCAGGACAACCUGGUAGGCCAGGACAACCAGGCCAGCCAGGGUACCCAGGACAGCCUGGACAACCAGGUGGGCCAGGGCAACCAGUCCAGCCAGGAUACCCAGGACAACCUGGUAAGCCAGGACAACCAGGCCAGCCAGGAUACCCAGGACAGCCUGGACAACCAGGUGGGCCAGGACAGCCAGGCCAGCCAGGAUAUCCAGGACAACCAGGACAACCCGGUGGUCCAGGACAACCAGGACAACCAGGAUACCCAGGACAGCCAGGCCAACCAGGUGGGCCAGGACAACCGAGCCAGCCAGGACAACCAGGACAGCCAGGACAACCCGGUGGGCCAGAAGAACCAGGCCAGCCAGGCUACCCAGGACAGCCAGGACAACCCGGCGGGCCAGGACAACCUGGUGAGCCAGGACAGUCAGGCCAGCCAGGUUACCCAGGACAACCAGGUUACCCAGGACAACCCGGUCAACCGGGGUACCCAGGACAACCAGGACAACCAGGUCAACCAGGAUAUCCAGUACAGCCAGGUCAACCCAGUAGACCAGGCGGAGAUUCAGUCGGCGAACCUACUGGAGUCCAACCGCCAAACCAAGUCCCUCCCGGUAGUCAAAUGCCACCAUUCCCUAUCUACGUUAUUCCAUAUCCAUUGCCGAUCGUGCCAAGUCCUGGAUCAUGCCCAUGCUAUCUAGUAAACCCAGGAAAGAACGAUUCUACUGCAGUCGCACCAGGUCAAGGAGGAGGAACAGGUCAAGGCCAAGGUCAAGGACAACCAACAUAUGCGCCAUAUGGAAUAAUUGGAUUUAUCCCAGUAGUAUUCGUACCAUACUGUCCAGGAAAUGGCUCAAGCAUGGACACUGCUCAGCAAAAUUUCCCUAACGCAGUGCCUGUGUCAUACAACUGCGCCCAAUGCCAAGCAAAUAGAGAUGUAUACCGUAACUUAGGUAGAUGGAAUGGUGCCCGAAGUUCAAACUUCGGUGAUUUAAAAGUUAUAAAGUCACUAAGUGAAUUAGAACAUCUUCUUAAAAAUCAAAUAAAACCUAGAAAAAAAGAUGUUACUAGAAUAAAUAUGCAUCCUAGAAUGUUGGAUGAUAAGAGUAGAACAAGCAAAGAUCUGAAAAUCUAAACGUCAAUGUUUCGUUGUGACACAAUGAGAUUAUAAAAAUGGUCGUAUUAAGGAAUUGAUAUAUAAUUUUGAGAUUGUCUGAUAGCAAUUCUUGGACGGUCUCAAAAUUUCUCGACCCGUUUAUUUAUUAUCCUGUACGUUUUGGGAUGUUUAUACAUUAAUAUACUUAAAAUGUUUUUAUAUUGACGUAAAUGCGCAACAGUAUGUAAUAUUUACAAUUGUAAUUUUUGCUAUUACAGAAAUAGAUAAAUAACUAAAUUUUUAUCUCACUUGUGGUCAAUUAUAACUUUAUAAGAGAGAAUUUGUUGCCAUUGUAGGAAAUAAAUGAAUAAAUAAAUAUUGUCUUUUUA